GGGCAAGGGAGGGGGCUGGGGAACCCCAGGAGACUCUGGGACCCCCAACAUGGGCAAGCAAGUCCUGCAAGUGGGGCCAAGUAUACUCAAGACCCGACCCCAGGAAGUGCCAGGACCUGGGGGACUCGAUCCUGUUACUUCUGGGGAGCGUGAUCCUGCUGAAUGUUGGAAUGAAUGCGGUGAUGCUGCUUUGGUGUCAUCUGAGAGCCUCCCUCCGAAUACUGUUACAUCAUUUUUUCAAAAAAAACAAGCAACGAUGCCACCCAACCUGUAUCUGCUGUACCAUGGACCCCAAGAACCCAAUUCCCUGGGGUUCUCCUCACACCCAUCAACAUCAAACCAGCUUGACAGGCACACCCCACUGCCUGGACUGGGUCCCAGACACAGAUGAUGAGAAGGUCUCACAGUGCCGCUGGCUGCCACCCCAAUGUGGCCACUCUGGAGACCCAGCGAUCUCCCAUGGACCAUGGAGACAGAGGAAAGGUUUUCUCCCCCUUUUUCUUCACUCCCUACGAUCAACAGAGGUCCUUUGCCAUCAUCCCCUCAAACCCCCAAAUAGCAGUGUUUCCCAACUUCAGCCCCCACAUGGCCUCCACGGUCUGGGGGGGUACCCCCUGGUGGGGUCCACCACCCCCAGCCCCAGCCCGUCCCCUCACAGACCUCGACUUCUGCUCGGGAGCGCAGCUGCAGGAGCUGACUCAACUGAUCCAAGAGCUCGGGGUUCAAGAGAGCUGGCACGGUGGGCCAAAGCCCGGGGCCGACCUCCUCCGAGCUAAGGACUUUGUCUUCUCUCUGCUUAGUCUAAUCCACCAACGGGACCCCCGGGUCCCUGAGCGGACCGAGCUUCUGCUACUACGAGGUGGAGUCCGCGAGGGCUCUCUCGAUCUGGGGGCUGGGCCCCUGGGCCCCUACAUCCGGGGACCCCACUACGAUGCCGGCUUCACGCUUUUGGUGCCCUUGCUUUGGCUGGACCGCCAGGGGGCGAAGCCCGACCUCGAACUGGAAUCUGGCAGUGCGUGGCUCCGCCUCCCAGCGCGAGUGGACGGGACCACUGCCCUGGAGGCGUGGCAUGACUGCCUUGGGCCUUCUGCCCCAACGCAGCUGUGGGAGAAAGGGGAGGUAAAAAGGGGGUGCCCAUUGGAGAAGUCUCCAUGUGACGUCACAGAGACGGAGACUGCAGCGGCGUCUCCGCGGUGGCUGGAAGCCUCUGAUCUCGAGUUGUCCGCGCCAGUUGAGGGACUACGCGGCGACUUGAAGGAUUCGGAGAAUAGCAGUUUAUUGGAAGAACCGCGCAAUUACGUCACAGAGCAACUUCCUGGACAGCCAGUCGUAGAGUCUUGGGGGCGGGAUCCUCAGGAAAACUGGCCCGCUUUGUGCCCCACCCAAGUGGCUUCCUGGUUUUUUUCCUCGCUAUCUGCCGUAGCUGUCUCCUUAACUCCCACUCCGGGCGCUCCGCGCCUGGUCCAUGCUGCCCGCCAUGCCGGAGUCACUACUAUUCUUCUGUCCACUCCGGGCCCUCCCCCCCGGCUUCUGCUCUUUGACUUGGUGCCAGGGAUCUCCGUGACUGGCUGGCCCGAAAGAACCCGGACCCACGCCUGGAUGGGUCCCCUAGCCGCUGGGCCUACUUCUUACUACCUUGUGCCGGGCUUCGGAGCCAAAGAGGAGGAUGGGCUCUGCUGGCGAAUUUGCUUCGCCCGCCAGGAACUGGCACUGAAGGCCCGAAUUCCCGGGCCUCUGCUUCAGGCACAUGCCGCUGCCCAGGCCUUGCUGCGCCCUCUUGUGGCCGGGAUCCGCUGCACGGCGCCUUACCUCCUGCGGACCCUGCUUUAUUGGGCCUGUGAGCGACUGCCAGCCCUCUAUUUGGGGCGGCCCGAGAACGCCGGGGCCUGUUGCCUUGGGCUGCUGGACGAAUUGAGCCGUGGGCUCGAGGCUAGGGCACUGCCCGAUUACUUCCUAGAAGGGCGGGAGCUGGCACCCGGAGAGUGGGCUGCAGAGUUGACUGGGGCGCUCGCCCGACUCCGGGGGGAUCCUAUAGGGGCUCUCAGAGCUGCAGUAGAGGAAGCGAAGAUUGCGCGGAAGGGGGGCGGGGUAGUGGGUGGGGGACAUUAAAGAAGUGUUGCUGGAG